AUGUCUACCGUCACAGGGAAAGGCUUCCGGUUCAGCAAGUCUCAAGGCGAGAGCCUCUCCGAACAACGCGGAGUCAUGGUACGACAGCUCAGCCAACAGUCGGAGGAUGCCGAUUCCUUGGCCUUGAGGGCGACGUUUGGCUCGCCCGCAUGGAGGAAACGCGCAAGGACCCAAGGCGACAUGGACAGACCAGAUUCGCCUGAUCUCAGCCCUCAUUAUCCGCUACCAUUUGUCCCGCCACUGCCGCCCUCGCACAAGGAGCACGGCGAUACGACGCGACCAAAGGCGGCUGUGAUGCCAUCGAGUCCGAUAUUCGUGGCGACAACAUCUCCUAUACCUCUUGCAACACGACCGUCUUCUCGUACGGCCUCUUCAAAGUUCAGCUCUUCCACGACCAUCGCAGUUCCCCAGGACGUCACCAUGAACGACGGGAGGGGCCAAGAGAAUGAUCCCGAGAAGCCCAACAAAUUCGAGGCAUACGAGAAGCAGGGGUGUCCACUUAUGGGAGAGCAACAGAAUCAGCCUUCUAAUGCAUUACAGACCAAGACAGAGUUGAUUCUAGCCGAACAAAGGAGUCUGGCCAUGGUGAAACUGCACAAACAGCUGACUGCGACCCAGGGAGUGGCUUCAUUCCCUCGCCAAAUAGCGGCUAACGGGGUCUUGAAGGCCCCCGUGCUGGAAAAGAUCGGCUUCUUCCAUCGGGCGAGAAGGAGCCCUGCUACUCCGUCCCCAGAAUCUUCGACGACUACCUCGGUGGACUCGAGUUGUGCUCAGAGCAUGUCGUCUUUCUGGUCGCCGAUGAACGCCGUUGAGCCCGGCUCACAGCUUGUAACGCCUCCUUCGUCUCCAAAGUCCGCGACUUGUGCUCACAAUGGGUACGUCAAAGUCUUCUAUCAAAGUGAAUACGCAAAGAUUGGCGUGUCAGAGACUACAGACACGGUAGACGCGCUUCGCCAGGCGGCCGAGGCGAUGAACAACCCACUCAACACCGCUGCCAGCAUCAUGUUUGAGUGUUAUGCACCCUUGGGGCUGGAACGUCGCCUUCGUCGGUACGAGCGCAUCCAGGAGGUGAUUGAUUCGUGGCCAAACGACUCCCAGAACUCGCUGCUCAUUCGUCAGGCCUGGGGCCCAGCGAGCAACAAGGACCUUGACAUCUCAUCUGUGGCCGUGGGUGAAGCUCCGACGACUUUCAUCCUGCAGCUCUACCACUGUUCGCGCCCGGGAAAGUGGCAGAAACGCUGGGUUACACUGCUUGGCGAUGGCCAGAUGCUGUCCUCCAGGACUCCGGACUUGAGUCUCGGAAGAGACUGCCAGAGGCUGUGUGACCUGUCAGAGUAUGACAUCUACACCGUUAUGAGCGAGACUUCGACACUGAAAGAUGACAUGAAGGCGAAGAACGGCCGGGCGAACCUCGUCAAGAACAUCAAGCCUCCCAAAAGGUAUUGUUUCGCCGUCAAGUCCCAGCUCAAACCGACAACGUAUCCCACGACCACCAGCUAUACGCACUUCUUUUCUACCGAGGAUGUUGCCACUGCGAGGAAGUUCUACACCCUCGUUCACGCCUGGCGCAGCUGGUACAUGGUUAAGGCUCGUCAGAACAUGCAGCGCAGACGUCUGAUGGACACAGCCAUGGAUACGGUCCCACAGAUCACUCCCGUCAAACACGUGCCGCAGAAGAGCAUUAGCCACCUCAAGAUCUCUCCGGGCCACAGGAUUAGGGUCUCAGUGGACGAGACCCCCUACACGAUCGGCGAGUUCCAGCCGCUUGUCGAUCUGGAGCGCUUCAACAAGCCGGCGGAUGAGUUUGGAAAAGACUGGAUUGAAGAUCCGAGGCAUUCUCUCCUGCUGCCUAUGACCCCUGGUGCCGAUUCUGGUGUCUCGAUGACGAAGCCUUCGACUAGUGGGCUUACAAAGCUGGAACAGGAUGAAGGGCUCGAUGGCGGCGGCAGCCCCUCGGAACAGCGCCGCAAGAGACGGGAUAAGAAGAGAUGUCUUGCGCUUAUAGAGAACGGCGAGAGCUCUGGAGCUGCUCAAGCGAAUAUUGCCAUUGCUGUGACCGAACCUCUGACGCCGUCGACGCUACGAACACGGUCAGAUGCGUCCUGGUACAGCACCGCAGAAACGCAAGCAACCGAGCCCGAGGAGCCGUCACCGCCGUCCAUGCCUAAGGCUGAGCCCUCGCCCUGGCUGCCUUCCGCAGCUGAACACACUGCCAAGGUCAAGGCCGAGCAAGCCCGCCUCGAGCGCCUCCACAGCAGGCCUGCCACGCCCCAGAGGCCCACCGCAAGCCACGACAACGUCGGCCGCGGGCUCGCCCAUCCGGGCAGCUUGAUCAACCGCCGUGGGGGCCGCCUCAGGGACCCGAGCCAGUCCAUUCUGUCCGGCAACCUCGAGGUGCACUACCGCGCCGCGUCGCAGUGGGCCGAGUCGUCCUCGUGCCACCCUGGCAGCCGCUCCCCGAGGUUUCUCGAGGUCCCUGGCGGCGGUAGUGGCGGCUUCUGCCACGUGCGCAGCCUCGCCUCCAUGAAUUCCAUGCCGACACUUACCGAAUUACCCGGUCCGAACAACAGCAGCAACAACAAGCGCGGGGGUCCUGUGCCGCCGGUGCCAACCUGUCCUGCCCUGUGGAGGAACCAGUCCCUCUCGGCGUGCCACAGGCCUCCGACCAGCCAUGGCGAGAAGCCCGGCGCCCGCCAGCAGCUUCGCGCGCGCUCCGGGUCCAUGAACUCCAUGCGUCGCGGGUACAGUGGCGCCGGGGCUGGGGCGCCAGGCUGUGGUGAGCCGCUGCCUCCUAUGCCGCCUGUGCCGCUGCACUUGAGGCCGUCAGUCAGGGAGGGUGUUGCCGUCGCUGCUGGGGGCAGGUCUCCAGCCAUGCUUAGGGAGGUAGGGAGGAGCAUGACGGUGCGGCCUCAAAGCAAUGCGCAGUGGUGA